GAGAUUAGAUUUGACAUUGACAACUUGAAAAUAAAUAAUAUAUUUUAUAUAACCUAUACGAAUUAAUAAAUGUUUAAUGUAAAAUGGAAAAUACCGAAGACAGUAAAGAAAUUUCACAGGAACCUCAAGAUGAUGAAAAAUUCGAUAAGGUUUUCAAAAAACCUAUCCUAAUAGGAAAAAUCGGUAAAUUACCUAAGAAAUUAUGUUCUGAUAAACAUGAUACAUUUGAUACCAAUUAUAAAAAAACGCAAGAAUUACGUUUAAAUGAAACAGAAAAUGAACUGCAAUCUACUUCUAGUAAUGUAAUUAUGGGAAAAACUGAAGAAAUACAAUUGAAGGAAGCCCAAAGCUUUCCCUUACCGUACAAUGAACCAAUUUGGUCGGGUAUCCCUGUUAGUAUCGGAAAAGAUUAUUCAUUUGAUGUGCUAAAAAAUGGUUCAAUUAUAGAAAACAUCAACUUGAUGAGCAAACCUUAUUGGAUUUUUGGAAGACUUUUACAUUGUGACAUUUCCAUGGAACACCCAACAAUAUCUCGUUACCACGCGAUCCUUCAGUACAGAAAAGAACCUUCACAAAAAGACGGUACUGGUUUUUACAUCUACGAUUUAGAUAGCACCCACGGUACUUUUUUGAACAAAAACCGCCUCAAACCGAAAGUUUUUGUUCGAAUACAGGUGGGACAUAUAUUAAAAUUAGGUUGUAGCACAAGAUCUUAUAUAUUAGUAGGACCUGAAUGUGACGAAGAGGAAGAAUCCGAAUUAACAGUUACUGAAUUGAAGGAAAAAAGAGCAGAAGAAAUACGAAAACGUGAAGAAGAAGCACUAAGGAUACAAAAGGAAGUCGAGGAAAAGAAAAGAAGAGAUGAAGAAAGAGGAGUUGAUUGGGGAUUGGGUGAAGAUGCAGAUGAAGAAACAGAUCUAUCCGAAAACCCCUAUGCUCAAAGUAACAACGAAGAACUUUAUUUAGACGACCCCAAAAAGGCUCUUAGAGGAUUUUUCGAACGAGAGGGGCUAGAAUUGGAAUAUAAAUGCGAGGAACAAGGUAUGGGUCAGUUUAUUUGUAAAGUAGAAUUACCAGUGGACGACGAAAUGGGGCGUAAUAUAGUCGCAGAGGUACUUCACAAGGGUAAAAAGAAAGAAGCAGUUGUACAAUGUGCUCUGGAAGCUUGCAGGAUACUGGAUAGAUACGGAGUACUACGUCAAGCAACUCAUGAAUCGCGCAAGAGGAAAAGUAAAAAUUGGGAAGACAAUGAUUAUUAUGACAGUGAUGAAGAUACUUUCUUGGAUAGAACCGGUACCAUAGAGAAGAAACGUGAGAAAAGAAUGAACGCAAAAGCGCCUCAGAAAGUAGAAACAUACGAAAGUUUGGUGGAGAAAGAAAAAUCAAUAGCAAAUUCGAUAAAAGACCUUGAAACUCGAAUAUCGUCGAUCCGUGCUAAAAUAGAAUCUGAAAACAAUCAAAAUAACGACGAAGAUUCUUUGGAUAGUUAUAUGAAGAUACUAAAUGAAUCAAAUAUUGAUAAACGUUCAAUAUCUAAAUUAAGAACGGAAUUAAGCAAUCUUAAAUUGGAACAAACUAAAAUUGUGAAAUUGAUAAAUUUGGUUAGACCCGCGAAUUUACCACCCCUAAUUAUCAAAGAUGCCCCAAGCACAAGUAAGGAUUCAACUAAUAAAUCCUUACCUUUGUUCGGGAAGCGGAGGAAGAUCCAAUUCAAAAUGGAACAGAAAUCAAAUUGUGAUUUAAGUGAAAAUAACGAUUUAGAUGACGAAGAAGACGAUAUAGAGGAUAAAAUUGAUGAAAAAACUACAGAAAUCAAUAGUGGACAUGAAGAAUCCACUACAACCGUCACAGAAAUAGAACGUAACGAAAACAAUGAUGAAAUACAAGCUUCUUCUAGCUCUACUUCAUCCGAUCAAGCAUCUACUAACACUAAUUCGUUAAUAUUAAAAAUUUUAGAAAAUACUAUGACAUUUAAAGAAUUUGAUAGACUUUUGAAGACAAAUUUCCCAUCUUGUACUAGUGAAUAUCAAGAUAAACUUUUAAAAAUCUUGGAUACAAUUAAAGAUCUGGCAACAAAUGAAGACCGAAUGCUGGUAGAUUUGAAAACCUUGUCAGCCAAAAACGACAAGGUCGUCAAAUUGUUGGAGGACUUGAAACACGUCCCGACCUCUGAUAAAAAAUUAGAACACAGAGCUUGGUCUGAACUGAACAGGAUAUUCGACGAACUGAACGCCAUGACCGAUCAAAAAUUCAAAGUAUUAAGCGAAUUGAAAAAGAUGGGAAGCGAAAUCAAAACAAUUUUUGAUGUAAAACCCCAAGAAAAGAACCAGGAUAAUGAUGACAGAAGGAAAAGGAAGAACCAAAAGCGCAUGCAGCACAAAAAAGAAAAACAAGAGCAAGAAAAGCAGAAAGAGUAUGAGGAAGAUUCAUCGAGGGAAAAUUAUGACAUGUGGGUGCCUCCUAAAGACCAAUCUGGAGAUGGAAGGACCAGUUUGAACGAUAAAUUAGGGUAUUGAAAUGUAUGUUUAAGUGAUAGUGUGUUAUAACCUGAAAUUGAGUAUAUUAAAUGAUGCAGGUGA